AUUAGCGUAGUGUUAAAUGAGCGUUCUGUUGGUGUAGAGAUCUCGCUCUGUUGCAGCACAAAAUCGUCCGUUUGUUGGAUGGAUUUUGUAGUACAAAUUACGGUUUCGAACGGAUACGGCCGUAUUGCUUGUUUUCGCGAUUCGCCUGUUCGCUAGUUGGACGUUUUAUUUUCGAAAAGUUGGCUCUCGGAGUUUGUGCUGACGGCGAUGGGAUUUUUUCUUAUGUACAUGUGCCGUGCGUUGUUUGCAUGUACAUAAGCCAAGUGUGCCGAGUUGAGCACGUCGGGAGAGAGAGUGCGGUGAGAGACGAUCGCGUCGCGCGGUGGCUUAGGGUGUGAGAGAGUGUUUUGGGCCAUCCGCGGCACCAGCAACAGUGGCCAGUUAGCAGCACCUUUUGUACAUAGCUGAAAUAUAUCGAUCUAGUGCCUAGCUGUGCUUCUCAAAAUGGCAACCCGUGAAAAGAAGCCCAGAUCAGUGAAUUCGGACUCUCCCACCCCUUCCCUCGGAGGUAGCGACUCGGCCCCCUCGACGCCCACAAGCAAAGGCAAAGGCGCUACCAAUACGAGUGCUGGUAGCAUGGGCAACACGGGCAGUGGUAGCGGCAGCGGAAGUAGUCGCGCAUCCUUGAGCAGGCAAAAGUCCAAACAGUUGCUUCAGAAUGCAUCGGAAGACACGGCGGUCCAGUCUGGGGCCGCAGCGACGGAUGAUGUCACAGAUGCUGCUCCAAGCACGACAAACCGAACAACUCGGGCCACAAAGGACGAUUCCGGUGAGCAAAGCUCGAAGGAAAAGUCGACCGCCGCCGAUCCAAAGGACUCGCCCAAGGAUUCAAAACCGGCGGCCAGCACUGCUCGGAAGGGCGCCGCGGGCAAGAAAAAGCCUAUCCGGGAGGAGGUAGAGACAGCCAAAACCACCAUCACGGCACUCAAAAAGACCACCCUAAUCAAACGCAAAACGAGACCAAUCGUUGGCAAACCAGUACUGGGCAAGAAAGUGCUCGCUCGCAAGCAAAUGAACGCCAAAGGCAAAAAGGAGGUGACCGUGACCGUGAAAGAGCAGGAAGACAACAAAAACACCAGCCUGCGCAACGGCAAACCGCGCGCCACCGACAGUCCCGUGUCCCAAAAGUCACGCAAAACGGUCGUCACACCCAAGGACAAAUCGCCCAAGGAUGCGACCUCGUCGACGCCAGAACCGACGUCCGCAAUCAAGCUCGAACGUCGCCGGUCGGAUUCCGUGUCCAAGUGUUCCGACGUGACGGAUGCCAGCAGCAUGCUGGAUACCAGCACCAAGGACAACGAAGACGACAAAAAGGACGACACCAGCCUGUCGGAGAUCAAGCGUGAAAUCAUGGAAGAGCAGGAGACCAAGUCCAAGAUCCUCGACAAGAUGGCAGAGACGUUCAACGAACGCAAGACUCCCAUCGCCGCCGUCGUGGGCAAGGACGAAAAAACGGUCCGCCGAAGUGCCCGCCAGCGAAAGAGCACCGCCCGCGAUCGGGACGAUUUCGUUACGCCGAAGCUCAAAGUUCCCGCGGAAAUCAAAGCUGAACCAGUGGACGGGGACGAAACGACCGCAGCCGCAACCGCCGCGCCCCUUUCCAUCGAUACAACGGAGAGCCCAACCGGCACGAAAGAAAGCGCCGUGCCCAGCGAAAAGGACGCCUCCCUCAGUCCGGAACUGGUCAGCGAGGGUGUGUCGGAGAUCAGUGUUAAGGAGUUUUACAGUGAGCCCGCGUUUCUGGAAAACAAUCUCGGCAUCGAGCAGGACCCCAAACUGGGCGAAAUUGUGCAAGUGCAGGAAAAGAUCAAACUGGAUAAGGGGGGAAGUGAAAGUGAGGUGGUGGCGACGGCGGCCAACGGUAGCGAAGAACCGCCCGCGGCAAGUGAAACGGUCGAACCAGCCAUCGUUGUGGUCAAGGAAGAAAAGAUGGAAGUUGAGGAAGAAGUUCCGACAAAGGACGAUACAGUGAAAGCUAGUGAACCCAUGGAAGUGGAUAAAGUGAAGGAAAUUAUCGGUGCCGUCGUGGAAUCGCCACCCGUGGCGAAGGAAGAAACAUCCGGCAACGAAUCGCCCGCGUCGGACUGGUCCAACGAAAAGGACACGACGACGUCGUCGACGCUGGGUGGUAAAGUGAAGAAGAACGAUUCGCGCUCGGAUUCGGACGGCGAACGGCCACCGUCGUCCAAACAGAAUACUCCGCGUGCGACGGCCAAAGGGGGCACGGCAGCGCCUACUGCUGCUGGCGCAACCUCCAAGGAGCCAAAGCCCAAAACACGCAACGUCAAGGAUAAGAGCAAAGAAGACGAGAAAGCAAAGGAAGAAAAGCUUCGCCAGGAAAAGCUCCGCGUCGAGGAGAAAGUUCGCGAGGAAAAGCUUCGAGCCGAACGGCUCAAGCAAGAGGAAGAAAAAGAAAAGAAGAUGUUGGAGAGCAAAGUGGCGGAUGUUGUUAAAGUGACCGCAGCAGCACCGGAAGUGGACGGAAGUGACUCAGCUGGUAAGCAGGAUCCGCCCAAUCCCGUCGAGGAAGUGGUUUCGAUUGUGGAGAAGGUGCUCGCUCCGGUGACCGUCACGACCACCCUCAGUCUCACCUCGGCCGAUUCUCACCUGGUUCUUUCGGUAAAAUCUACCGAAUCGAUCGACAUUGUCGACAAACCGGACGUGGCCAAACUUAACGCGCUCGCGCUGGAAAACCUUCCAGCCAUCACGUUUGUCAAGAAAGAGGCGGUCAAGGACGACGCAAAGCUGGACAACGUACAGCUCAAAGCGGAGCUGGAAAUUGUCCCCAUCAAGGAAACUACGGUGGCCGUGGAGGAGAAACCGGUGGAAAAGGAACCCGAAACGACGUUGCACAUCAUUUCGAAGAGUGAAAGCGCUGCAGCGGCCGUUACGGUUACGACAGUUGCGGCGGCGGCAGCAGAGGCCAUCCCAGCGACCCCACCCGUAAGCAUCAUCAAAAUACAGACUGAAAAAGAUUCGACAAAUUCCGCUGUUUUCAAAGAAAACCAGGCGGAAAAGCUCGAAGUGAAAGCCCCAGAAGCGGUUAAAAAUCGCGAUCCGAUCGAAAAAGUUCCUCCCGUGAACGAAACCAAGACUGCAGAAGCUGUACUACGAGUGACGGAGGUGCUUCCGGCAGCGGUCGCGGCCGGUUCGUCGACGGUUCUCCAAGAAUCGGAAGACAUUGCAAAGCAAAAGGAAUCCCAUCUGAAGCAUCUCGGCCUGCUGACCCACCAGGCGGCCAGCGAGGAAAAGCAACGGCGGAAGGAGCUGCAGGAUCUGCAGAAGCCGGGAUCCGGCGGUAGCGGCUACAGCUCCUCGUCCAGCAGCGGCAAAGGUAGCGGAGGCAAGUCAAGCCGAAACUCCGAAUCUACCGGAACGCUCAAAACUGUGAUAAAACUUAAUCGAGGUGAAAAGCGCAAACGACUGCCACUGAAGAUGACCCUCCAGAAGGGCAAAGGCAAGGGCGCGGAAAAGGACGGAGCGAACGGUGGCGACGGAAACGGUGACGCGUUCUACAUCAUUCAGAACGAGACCGAUCAUCAGAACCAAUCGAUGACCGACUCGACGGGGGCGACCGCCCAGGGACGCAAGGGACAUCACCGAUCCCAUACCACCGAUGGUGUAAACCUACCGGAAGUGGUCACCGAAGCGGUUGUGGAGAAAGUAGUCCAGAAAGCCCCGCUAGUGAUUCCCGAGAAGGCGUCCUCGUUCAACGUCCACCCGGAACGGCUAUGCAUGGACCAGUGUUUCUACUGCGGGGGCAAGUUUGGCCUGUACGACACACCGUGCCACAUCCGGGCCAUGAAGUCCACCGAACGGCAGCAGAACAUCCUAGCCAGCGAAACAAAAAUCAAGAUCGACAGCUGCCUGUGCGAUGCCUGUUUCCGGCACGUGGACCGAAAGGCAAACUGUCCGUCCUACCGCAAAAAGACGGAAGCCAAGUCGCUGUCCCUGGCCAAGAUGCAAAGCAGCUUGGAAUCCGGAGCGGACCGGCAGGGCCAGUACGAAUCCAACCAGAAGGCGGGAGAAAGCUCCGGAACUGCACAGCAGCAACCUUCCCCGCAAAAAUCGGAAACCGGCGGCCAGGAAUUGCUGGACCAAGCCGAUGCAAAUGUGGUCCAGGGAAGUUGCCACGUGGCAAACUGCGCCGCAAACGCGUGCCACACCAUCCGCCGGAAGUGGCUGGUCAAGAUGAAGAAGACCAUCUGCAAGAUACUCGAGAUUAACCUGGACCAGUCAAACGCGGCAAUGACGCUGAUUCCGAUCUGCGAUGGUCACUACGAGCGGAUAAGCCACCUCAUGGUCUGCGCCAUGUGCCAGCGGCGGCUACCCAAGAAUCACAUCUACUACAUAGUUAAUGAAAUUCCACAAUUAGAGCGACUCAUCCAGGAGCAGGGAAUCGCCAUAAAGCUCGGCAACUCGACGCUGGUGGUGUGCAAAUUAUGCAGAUACUAUGCAAAUUUACUGCUAAAGCCGCCGGAUGCAAAGUCCCAGAAGGCGCAGUUUAUCAAGAACUACAACCGAAGACUGCUACAGUUCUACGAGCGCGACAUGGAGCCGCAAGAGCAGAUCGUCACCAAUCCCGACAUCAUCAUAUCGGACGGUGAAGAGGACGAACCACUCGAGGUGGUCACGGUGACCGAUUCGAUUUCGCUGCAGCGUCGAAACCGCCACGCACGCAAAUCCACCGACCUCACCAUCAUCGAUACCGGCAACUGCAGCAGUCAGGUUGGCGAUCUGGACGAGGUUACGAUCACGCCAGCUCCCAAGCUGUUGGCCAACAUCAGCGGAAACAGUUCGAUCGUACUCGACACGGAUCUGUCCUUUGAGCAGCCACCGUCGGCGGAGAAGCGUCGCAAGAACGACGAUGGGUUGGACAUGACGAAAGCCCUCAAAGCCAACCCAAACAUUUCCAUGCGCGAGCUGUUCCCUGGCGAGGAAGAGUUGGGCAUUCACAUCAACAUCCCGUUCAACACGGCCGCGACGCGGACGCCCGAAGGAUGGGCCAAGGUGACGACGACAUUGCAGUACGACGACUCGACGCGGUCUAUGUGGGAGGAGCUGCAGAAGCCGUACGGAAACCAGUCAAGCUUCCUGCGGCAUUUGGUGCUUCUGGAAAAGUACUACCGAAAUGGCGAUCUGAUCUUGUCGCCGCAAGCCAAAAACAAUGCCGUUACGUACUCGGAGGCUGUGCAGAGCCGGUUGCGGUCGUUUGAUAACGUUCCGACGCCUCCGCCAGUAUCGGUCAUCGACAAGAGCAGCAUCAUGCAACAGCAACUUGGAAACGCCCCGAUCACCAUCACCCCAGCGGCUAAAACGAGGACAAAGUCCUCAACGGAACCGGUCAGCUUGCUAAAGUCGAAUAAUCCUCACCUUGCCGGAGGAGAGUCCUCAACGAGUUCCAUGAAGCGAAAGCUUUCCACGGAUGGUAAGCAAAAGUCCAGCAGCUCGGGCAGCGCUAAGACCGACUCCAAAGUGAUCAAGCUAGAUGAGACGAGUGUUGGGCCCAGCAACAAGGCGACCAAUCUGGUCCCACCCGAACUGAUAAGCAUCAACGCAAAGCAGAACGUCACAAUCACCACAAUUCCUGCAAACACAAAACCGUCGACGGCCCAAUCGACUCAACCGCAGCAGCAACAGCAGCAGCAAUCGCUUCUUCAGCCACAACAGUCACUGUUGCAACCCCAACCCCAGGUUAAGAAGUCGCCGGGACCCGUCGGAACGCGAGAGAUUAUAAAGCUUCCGGAUCAGCUGACCGAAGCCGAACGGCGAGAAACCUCAAAACCGUGGCGCCCAACGCUCAUUCCGAUUACGCCCGGCAGUGCCGAGGCCAUCAAGUCUGGUCCUCUGUACCAGACGGCGGACGGCCGCAGAUUACCGAAACUUGUCCAGGUAAUGUCCGGCGGCAAACCGUACCACAUCUCAAUAAACGACUACAACCGCAUGUGCAUCUUGCGGCGGGAAAAGCUGCUCCAGCAACAGCAGCAACUGUUCCUCCAACAGCACAAGCGACUCCAGCAGCAGUCACCGCCCAGUUUGACGGCGAUCAAAACGACCAACCCAAAGCCCUCGGAGAACCCGCCGAAAAUGGUUCAAAUCCCCAACCAGAUCCUGGAGCAAAACUCACUGAUUCCGAUCGCAAGCAACAACAACAACAAUAACAGCUCGGCGAAAGCCAAUGGACCCAGCAGCGAACUGCAGCAGCUGAUCAAGACCCGCAAACCCAACAGCAACACCAACAGCGCACUGGUUCCACCUCCGUUGGCGGCCAACGCGGCGAGUGCCUUCUUCAAGAGCGCAUUGGGCGGCGCCAAGCCAAUUUCGUUGCCCAAUAGCACCAGCGUAUUCUCGAUGCCCGCUCCGAACCAACAGCCGGUCCCCGGGGAAGCCCCGACGCCGCCCACUCCCUCCCAACUGGAUCAGCUCAUCAAGCUGAACAACUUUGUCAGCCAAUCGCAGCUGAGUGCGUUUGUCGCAGCGGCAGCGGCGGCGGCGGCUAACACGGCACCCUCCCUCCUCGGCGGCGGUGGUGGCGGCGCAACCAGUGGCGGAUCCAUCCUGAUGGACUCGGCUGCCGCCCAGCUGCUAAAAAUACCAAAAUCCCUUACUGUGAUACCACAACAGAAACAAAGAUCCUUGUCACGUGUCUCCUCGAACGAGGACCAAAGCAGUGCCUAAGCGAAACUGAAAUCAAUGAUACAAGCAACAAAACAAAACUGCACACUAAACAUUUAUUACUAAAAAAAAGCAAACAAAACAAACGAAAAAGAUUACAACUAAAGCGAGGAGAAAGUCACUCGAGUUUUUUUCUAAGAUAUAUCUUGUACUAAAACCAAGCAAAACCUUUACGAACUUACCUACUACAACUGGAAGCAAAGAAUUUAAUCAAAACAGCAGCAGCAGCAACCGGUUCCGGCGAGUCCGGACCAAUCAAUUGCUCUAGUCACUUUGGCUUGUCUUUAAUUACACCCACACACAAACAUGCGAUAAUUUUCCUUCCUGCGUUUUCGUUCCCAACAUGAUUGCAAUUAUUGAUGGAAGAAGCACUGAUCGAACGCCGGCCAACAUUCCACCAACACCGUGUGUUCCGAGCAUUCGCAGAACCGACGCCGCCAAAAGAAACACUCAUUUCUACACCCAGCCAGUGCAGCAAAAGAGUAAAUGAUUUAAACAUUUUCUUUCCGAAGAACAAGAGGAAGACAAAACAGACCUGCCCUCGCUGAGGGGGCAGACUUUGUACGGCUUAGUUGCGAAGAUUUUAAUUUAGUGUCACAUGAUUAUUAUUAUAAUUAUACUAUCACUACAAAAUAACUUAUUAGCGCGAGGAUAUUUUAUUGUAACAGUAACAGCUAAUGUACUACAUACACACACACACUCAUAUAAACACAGCAUCGCAUUCAAAAUAAUUUGCAGUAGCGCGUAAGGUUUUUCGUUUCCUAUUCCUAUUAUCCCACUUUACGUUUUUCCUUUGGCACAAAGGAAAAUGCAACACUUACUCUUAGGCAAACCCAAGUGGGGUCUACCUUAAAAUUACUGCUAAAUUAUUGAAGGACUACACUACACACUUCUCAUUUGGACACACAUUCAUUUCUGCAAACUAUUUUUGUAAGAAUAUAAACAACAACAAAAAAACAUUGAAAAAGUAGAAAUAAUGCACUUAUCUACGAUGUAAGUACCUUCCGGUUGAAGAUUACAAAAAAAAUAAUGUGUUGGAUUUACAAACAAAGAGAGAGAUACGAUUAAUGAAAAAAA